AUCAAAGGGUUUCUGCUUCCAAAGGAGUGGGAGAAAAUACAAAACCAACAAAAGCUGUGAAAACCUUUGGUCUGAGUGUUGGUGCUGAGAAUGCAAAACAGAUUGGUGGAAUUUUUCCCACUACGCUUCUUAAAUGCGCUGCUGUUUUUCAGGGCCCGCGGGUCCGUUCGCACACUGGUGCCGGCGAGCCGUGGGGCCGCCGGCCGAGGUGAGCUGUGCGGUGAUCGUUGGCUCCUGUCUGUUCGCCCGCGCGGGACCUCCAGACCUCUGGUUUCAAUAAUAGUUUGUGCUUUUUUCUGGUGCUUCUUUCGCCGCCGCCCCCCCCCCAUGGAGACAUUUACCCCAACAGUCACUCAUGCAGCCGCACUGGUCAAAACACAAGCGGGACACUUCUGAAUGUGUUAUGUGAAAUGUGCUACAGUGUUAUGUUAUGUAUGUGUUUCAGCACUAAAGACCUUUUUAACCUCAUCCCCGCAGCUCUCACACUGUGCAGAUAGCGGUGUUUGAUGGAUGCCACUUGUUGCUCAGGUUCAGCUGGACAUGGAAGGUGCCCUGACGGCCAGGGACCGGGUCGGCAUCCAGGAUUUCGUCCUUCUAGAUGAGACCACAGAGGCGGCCUUCCUCAGCAACCUCAGGAAGCGCUUCUGCAACGACCUCAUCUACACCUACGUCGGCACAUUGUUAGUGUCCGUCAACCCCUACAAGGCGCUGGAUAUCUACAACCAGAAACAGAUGGACCUCUACAUGGGCGUCAAUUUCUUCGAGCUGCCGCCACACAUCUACGCGCUGGCAGACAACGCCUACCACACCAUGCUGACAGAGUUCAACAACCACUUCAUCCUCAUCUCUGGCGAGAGUGGAGCGGGGAAGACGGAGGCCUCCAAGAAGAUUCUGCAGUACUACGCUGUGAGCUGCCCCAGCACCACUCUGCUGAACACCGUGCGGGACAAGAUGCUCAUGUCCAACCCCGUCCUGGAGGCUUUUGGGAACGCCAAAACACUGAAAAAUGAUAAUUCCAGUCGGUUUGGGAAGUAUAUGGACAUUCAGUUUGACAGCCAGGGGGACACGGUUGGAGGUCACAUCCUGAACUACCUGCUGGAGAAGUCGAGGGUCGUGCAUCAGAACCACGGCGAGAGGAACUUCCACAUCUUCUACCAGCUGGUGGAGGGAGGAGAGGAGAGUCUGCUCCAGCAGCUGGGCCUGGACCGAGGCAGCCAGCAUUACUACUACCUAACUCAAGGUCGAUGUGCCAUUGUGUCCUCCAUAAAUGAUACACAUGACUGGAAAACGGUCAGGAACGCUCUGCAAAUCAUUAACAUCGAUGAAGUUAACAUUAAUCACUUGUUUGGGAUCAUUGCCAGCGUUCUCCAUUUGGGCAACGUUCACUUUGACUCCGAUGCUAAAGGUCACGCCCUCCUGAACAACAAGGCCCCGCUGCACUGGGUCUCAAAUCUUCUGGGGGUUGACGGCAGCAUUCUGCAAGAGGGCCUGACGUACAGGAAGAUUGAAGCCAGUAAAGACGAGGUGCUCAGCCCAUUCACAGUGGACCAUGCCAUCUAUGCCAGAGAUGCCCUGGCCAAAGCCAUGUACGGACAGACCUUCACCUGGCUGGUCAACAGGAUCAAUGAGUCCAUAGAAAACCAGGAUCCUUCAAAGAAGACGGUUAUAGGACUUUUAGACAUUUAUGGAUUUGAGGUUUUCUAUGUAAACAGUUUCGAGCAGUUCUGCAUCAACUACUGCAACGAGAAGCUGCAGCAGCUUUUCAUCCAGCUCACGCUGAAGGCCGAGCAGGACGAGUACGAAGCGGAGGACAUCGAGUGGGAGCCCGUGCAGUUCUUCAAUAACAAGAUCAUCUGCGAUCUGAUUGAGGAAAAGCACAGAGGGAUCAUUUCCAUACUGGACGAGGAGUGCCUCCGGCCAGGAGAGGCCACGGACCUCACCUUCCUGGAAAGACUGGAGGACAAGAUGGGAACGCACCCGCACUUUGUCACGCACAAACUGGCUGACAAAAUGACUCGCAGGACCCUGGAGAGGGGGGACUUCCGGCUCCUGCAUUAUGCCGGGGAGGUCACCUACUGUGUUGUGGGUUUUCUGGACAAAAAUAAUGACCUUUUAUAUAGAAACAUUAAAGAUCUGAUGUGUAAGUCUAAAAAUGCCAUAGUCAGAGAAUGUUUUUCCAAAAUGGAGCCAGACAGCAGACGAAGACCUGAAACAGUGGUGACCCAGUUUAAGAGCAGCCUGCUGAAGCUGACGGAGAUCCUCAUGGCUAAAGAGGCCUGGUACAUCCGCUGUCUGAAGUCCAAUGAGUCCAAGCAGCCGGGCCACUUUGACGAGGCGCUGAUCAGACACCAGGUGAAGUACCUCGGCCUGAUGGAGCACCUCCGAGUCAGACGAGCCGGCUUCGCCUACAGACGCAAAUACGAAAUCUUCCUAAAGAGAUACAAACCUCUGUGCCCGGCAACCUGGCCCCACUGGAGAGGGGCUCCCGCUGAAGGAGUGGAGGUGCUGGUUCAACAUCUGGGCUACCUGCCAAACGAGUACAAAAUGGGCCGGACCAAAAUAUUUAUCCGUCACCCAAGGACACUUUAUGCCACAGAGGACGCUUAUGAGAGAUGUAAACAUGAGCUGGCAACCAGGCUCCAGGCCAAAUAUAAAGGAUACCGAGCGAAGGGGGAAUUCAGAAAACAGAAGGAAGCGGCCACGAAGAUCGAGACGUGUUGGAGAGGAGUUCAGGCCAGGAAAGAGAGAGAGAGGAGAGCCUGGGCCGUCAAAGUCAUCAAGAAAUUCAUCAAAGGUUAUAUGACCAGAGGACAAGCAAAAAGCACAGACAACUCCGAAUACCUGGCCUUCGUGAGACAAAGCUACCUGAACAGGCUGAAAAACAACCUGCCGAAGACGGUCCUGGAUAAAAGCACGUGGCUGGCGCCUCCAGCUGUGCUGACAGAGACGUCGGAGAUGCUGCGGAAGCUUCACUACCGCCUCAUGGUGCGCAAGUAUGUGCGAGGAGUCACGGCCCAGAGGAAAGCGCAGAUUCAGCUGAAGGUCGUUACCAGCUCCCUCUUCAAGGGCAAGAAGGACAGUUACCCACAGAGCGUGUCUCAGCCUUUUGUGGACACCAGAAUCAGUGAGCAAGAAAUAAACAUCAGGGUGAUCCAGAGCAUUCGCAAUGAGCACAUUAAAUACAGCGUGCCGGUGAUUAAGUACGACCGGAACGGUUUCAAGCCGAGGCCACGGCAGCUCGUCCUCACGCAGACGGCUGCGUAUGUGAUAGAGGAGGCCAAGAUCAAACAGCGGGUGCUGUACACCUCGCUCAAAGGUAUUUCGGUCAGUAACUUGAAUGAUGGAAUGAUGGUAUUCCAUAUAACGUGUGAGGACCCUAAACAGAAGGGGGAUCUGGUUUUACAGUGUGACCACCUGUUUGAGCUUUUGACCAAACUCAGUGUCAUUGCAAAGAAACAAAGCGCAAUCAACGUGGUUCAGGGGAGCAUCAAGUUUGAAAUCCAGCCGGGGAAAGAGAACGCGGUGGACUUCAGCACUGGGCAGGAGCCAUUGGUUUACAAAGCCAAGAAUGGGCAUCUCAUGGUGGUUGCCACUCGAGCCAGGACCCGGUAAUGUGUGGGGCUGCAGUGGAGACACACAAGAAGCCUGUGUAUUUUUUAUCAGGAGACCCCUAAGGAGCCAAUCACCGUGUCUGCAGGAGACACGCCUGAACACAAAUGACUGCACUUAAGGAACAUUAGACAAUCAGCACACAAUCCAUUUAUACAGAGCCUAAGGAUCCCAUUAGAAAUAUAUAUAUUUUAUAACAUUAAAUAUAAGACAGUUACAUUAAUAGACAGUCUCAACACGCUUGUAAAAUGUUGGUGUAACUUUGGCUGGAUGCUUCACAUUAUUCACAUUGAGACAAUCUUCUCCCAGUUUCUGAGUGCAUCAGGUUUUGUUUCAGGAUUUCUCUGCAAUUUGCUGAUUCCUUUUAACCGUCAUCCUUCAGGUUCAGGAAUAAUAAACACUGACCUGGAUUUGUCCUGAUCCCUCACCUGAUGAAUGCUUUAAAUGAAAAAAGGUGAAUAAGCGCUGUACACACUAUAUUAGGGAAUAAUUGUUAGUACUACUCUACCAAAGAACUUGCAAGUUUGAAUUUAGUAGUUUCUGUUUUUUUGUCUCUACUCAACAAAAUAAACUUGAACAUCUGCUCAAACUAAACAUGUGACUUCCAAACAUCAGAGCCAUAUGUAUCAUACUUUUUUGUUCACUGGGAAUGAGAAAUAAAAACAGAACAUAA